AAAGCUAAAUUUACAUUUUGAUCGUGUGUCAGCACAAAUAUUUAUUUCUACGUCUAGGUGUGUCAAACAUCGGCUCUUAUAAAAUAGGCUUCUUCCUUCAGUCUGAUCACAGGCCGAGCUGCUGACACAGACCUGAUCUCUCUUCACCUGCUGAACCUAAACCCUAAACUGCAGCCAUGGCACGUUUGCAAGGAGCCAUUAAGGGCCUCGUGGAGGUGUUUGUGGAGUAUUCUGAUGGUGAUGGCAAGUUAAACAAGGAGGAGUUGAAGAAGAUGAUGGAAAAAGAAAUGGAUUGCCCUGAGGCCAAGGCUAAAAUGGCAGAAGAAUGUGACAAGGGCCAGGGAGGGAAGUGUAAAGGAGACCUUGACUUCGAGGAGUUUCUCAAGCUUGUGAGCUGCAUUGCAAAAUGCGGCUACAACAAGAAGAGAGGCGGUGGAGCCGGCUGUGGAAAGUAAAGAGAAGACCGGUGGCAAAUGUGACCUGGAAGCUAAAGAAUGUGACUUUCAUUUGUC